UCCAGACCCAGUUAAAUCAUGUGUCUUUCAUCAGCUGGAAAUGAAGCUUUUUAUAAUUGUGCUUACUGACCAACGAUGACCCUUAUAUUCUAUUGUAUCUGUAAAGUACCAUACGGAGCAUGAAAAAAUGGCAGAUAAAACUAAAAAAUUAUCACGUUGGUAUUUUGGUGGGCUUUCUUCUGCGGGUGCAGCUUGUGUUACACAUCCUUUGGAUUUGAUAAAGGUUCAUUUGCAGACACAACAAGAAGGGAAAAUAUCUGUAAUACGAUUAACAACCUCUAUAAUACAGAAACAUGGAAUUUUAGCUCUAUACAAUGGCCUCAGUGCCUCUUUGCUUCGGCAACUUACGUAUUCUACUGUGAGAUUUGGAGCAUAUGAAGUAGGUAAACAAACAUUUGAAACACCUGGACAUCCGUUACCAUUUUAUCAAAAGUUACUAUUAGCUGCCUGUUCUGGUGCUGUUGGAGGUAUCGUUGGAACACCAGGGGAUGUAGUUAAUGUACGCAUGCAAAAUGAUAUAAAACUGUCACCAGAAUUAAGGCGGAACUAUAAACAUGCCCUAGAUGGUGUAGUACACAUAAUUAGUCAAGAAGGUGUACGUAAUUUGUUCAGUGGUUGUUCCACUGCAACAUUAAGGGCUGUGUUGAUGACUAUUGGACAACUGAGUUUCUAUGAUCAAAUAAAAAUUAUGUUGCUGCAGAGUGGUUACUUUAUUGAUAACCCUCUUACGCAUGUGUUAUCAAGUGUAUCUGCAGGUGCUAUAGCCACAACUCUUACACAGCCAUUAGAUGUAUUAAAAACACGUGCAAUGAAUGCUAAACCAGGAGAAUAUAAGGACUUCAUGGAAUUAUUUUUGUACACUGCGAAGCUUGGACCAAUAGCAUUUUUCAAAGGUUAUGUACCUGCAUUUAUCAGAUUAGCACCACAGACAAUUCUCACUUUUGUCUUUUUGGAACAACUGAGAUCUAAUUUUGGAUUUUAUCCUGCUAGCAAUUAUUCGAUUAGCACACAACAUAUAAAAUUUUUAUGA